AUGCAUUUUGCGAAUGGCCCGGCUAUCAGCUCUUUAUCGAAAAUAUUCAUCAUUACCGGCGCACGAUCAUUCGAUUAUGAUGGAAAUUUUAGCCAGCCUUGCUGUGGAACUGUAGUUAGCAUGCACACCGAACCUAUCUAUCUAUCUAUCUAUCUAUCUAUCUAUCUAUCUAUCUAUCUCAUUCUCUUUCAUAUCUAUCUUUGUCUAUUCAUAUCUAUCUAUCUAUCUAUCUAUCUAUCUAUCUAUCUAUCUGUCUGUUCAUAUCUAUCUAUCUAUCUAUCUUUGCGUGUUCAUAUCUAUCUAUCUAUUGAUCUCAUUCUCCUUCAUAGCUAUCUAAUUCUCUUUCAUAACUAUCUAUCUUUCUAUCUAAUUCUCUUUCAUAACUAUCUAUCUUUGUCUGUUCAUAUCUAUCUAUCUAUCUAUCUAUCUAUCUAUCUCAGUCUGUUCAUAUCUAUCUAUCUCAGUCUUUUCAUUAUCUAUCUAUCUAUCUAUCUAUCUAUCUAUCUAUCUAUCUCAGUCUGUUCAUAUCUAUCUAUCUAUCUCAGUCUUUUCAUUAUCUAUCUAUCUCAGUCUUUUCAUUAUCUAUCUAUCUAUCUAUCUAUCUAUCUAUCUAUCUAUCUCAGUCUGUUCAUAUCUAUCUAUCUCAGUCUUUUCAUUAUCUAUCUAUCUAUCUAUCUAUCUAUCUAUCUAUCUAUCUCAGUCUUUUCAUUAUCUAUCUAUCUAUCUAUCUAUCUAUCUAUCUAUCUAUCUAAUACUCUUUCAUGUUUGUCUAUCUAUCUCAGAAAUGGUAUCUCGCUGUUCAUGGGUUAG